GGGAUUCUGAGGUGUGGAUUCCACGUUGUGGCAGCAGUGACCUGGAAAAGGUGCAUUAUUAAAGUGGCUCUCGGAGGUGUGCCUCGUGGCUUCUUCUCUGGGUUCCCCAACAUGUACGGGGUACCGUGGAGUUGCUGCUGGCGCAGGGCCUAGGAAAUGAUCUUCCCAAUCACCCUCUUAGCGUUCCAGUGGCAGCGACGGCCUGGAGGCCGUGCCUUGUCCCGUGCUGCCAUAGAAAUGGCCUUCCGAGGAGUGCGAAAAGUUCUCUGUGUGGCGGAGAAAAACGACGCUGCCAAGGGGAUCGCCGACUUGCUGUCCAAUGGUCGUAUGCGGCGGAAAGAAGGCCUUUCUAAAUUCAACAAGAUUUAUGAAUUUGACUAUCAUCUAUAUGGCCAGAAUGUUACUAUGAUAAUGACUUCAGUGUCUGGACAUUUGCUGGCUCACGAUUUCCAGAUGAGGUUUCGGAAAUGGCAGAGCUGCAAUCCUGUAGUCCUCUUUGAAGCGGAAAUUGAAAAGUACUGCCCAGAAAAUUUUAUAGACAUCAAGAAGACUCUGGAACGAGAAACACAGCACUGUCAGGCACUGGUGAUCUGGACUGACUGUGACAGAGAAGGUGAAAACAUCGGGUUUGAGAUUAUCCAUGUAUGCAAGGCUGUAAAGCCCAAUCUACAGGUGUUGAGAGCCCGUUUCUCUGAGAUCACACCGCAUGCCGUCAGGGCAGCCUGUGAAAACCUAACUGAGCCUGACCAGAGAGUAAGUGAUGCCGUGGAUGUGAGGCAAGAGCUGGAUCUGAGGAUCGGAGCUGCUUUCACGAGGUUCCAGACCCUGCGGCUCCAGCGGAUUUUCCCUGAGGUCCUGGCAGAGCAGCUCAUCAGCUAUGGCAGUUGCCAGUUCCCAACCCUAGGGUUUGUGGUGGAGAGGUUCAAAGCCAUUCAGGCUUUUGUGCCAGAAGUCUUCCACAGAAUUAAAGUAACUCAUGACCAUGAGGAUGGGACUGUAGAGUUCAACUGGAAAAGACACCGUCUCUUUAACCACACAGCUUGUCUCGUCCUAUAUCAGUUGUGUAUGGAGGAUCCCACGGCAACUGUGGUAGAGGUCAGAUCUAAGCCAAAGAGCAAGUGGAGGCCUCAAGCUUUGGACACUGUGGAGCUAGAGAAGCUGGCUUCUCGGAAAUUGAGAAUAAAUGCUAAAGAAACCAUGAGGAUUGCAGAAAAGCUCUACACACAAGGGUACAUCAGCUACCCCCGAACAGAAACAAACAUCUUCCCCAAAGACUUGAACCUGGUUGCGCUGGUGGAGCAGCAGACCCAGGACUCACAUUGGGGAGCGUUUGCUCAGAACAUUCUAGAGCGAGGUGGCCCCACUCCACGAAAUGGAAACAAAUCCGAUCAAGCUCACCCUCCCAUUCACCCCACCAAAUACACCAGCAGCUUGCAGGGAGAUGAACGGAGACUAUAUGAGUUUAUCGUUCGCCAUUUCCUGGCUUGCUGCUCCCAAGAUGCUCAGGGGCAAGAGACUACCGUAGAGAUUGACAUUGCUCAGGAACGCUUCGUAGCCCAUGGCCUCGUAAUUCUGGCCCGUAACUACCUGGAUGUGUAUCCAUAUGAUCACUGGAGUGACAAGCUCCUCCCUGUCUAUGAGCAAGGCUUCUGCUUUCAGCCCAGCACCGUGGAAAUGGUGGAUGGGGAGACCAGCCCACCCCAACUGCUUACCGAGGCUGACCUCAUUGCCCUCAUGGAGAAGCAUGGUAUUGGUACGGAUGCAACUCAUGCAGAACACAUUGAAACCAUCAAAGCCCGGAUGUAUGUGGGACUUACCUCAGACAAGCGGUUCCUCCCUGGUCACCUGGGCAUGGGACUUGUGGAAGGUUACGAUUCCAUGGGCUAUCAGAUGUCCAAGCCAGACCUCCGUGCUGAGCUGGAAGCUGAUCUCAAGCUAAUCUGUGAGGGCAAGAAGGAUAAGUUUCAAGUUCUAAGGCAGCAAGUGCAGAAAUACAAGCAGGUUUUCAUUGAAGCAGUGGCUAAGGCAAAGAAAUUGGAUGAGGCCUUAUCUCAGUACUUAGGAGAAGGGACAGAGGUGGCACCACAAGAAGAGAUCUACCCAGCCAUGCCAGAGCCUGUUCGAAAGUGCCCACAGUGCAACAAGGAUAUGGUCCUCAAGACCAAGAAGAGUGGUGGGUUCUACCUUAGCUGCACAGGGUUCCCAGAAUGUCGGGCAGCUGUGUGGUUUCCUGACUCGGUGCUGGAGGCCAGCAGGGACAGCACUGUGUGUUCCGUUUGUCAGCCCCCCGUGUACAGGUUGAAGUUGAAGUUUAAGCGUGGGAGCCUUCCCCCAACCAUGCCCCUGGAGUUCGUUGGCUGCAUAGGUGGAUGUGAUGAAACUUUAAAGGAAAUCUUGGGCCUGCGAUUUUCACAGGGCCCCCCAAGAGCUACCCAGCCCUCUGGCCACCUGCAGGCCAGCCAGGCCCUCAACAGGAUGGACAGCAGUCAGCAUAGCCUCUCUCAACCUCUGGUCAACAGACAUACUGGACCUUCAAAGGCAACGGCCGAAGCCCUCCUGCCACCCGCUGCUGCUGGUGAAAGCAACUCUGUCAUCUGCAAUUGUGGCCAGGAGGCCGUGCUGCUCACUGUCCGCAAGCAGGGCCCCAACCAGGGCCGGCACUUCUAUAAGUGCAACGGUGGUGGCUGCAACUUCUUUCUGUGGGCUGACAGCAGCCAUCCCACGGGAGGAGGGCCCCCCACCUCUGCAUCAAGACCCCCAGGCAACUCUGUGGGAUUCCCAUCCGCUUUAGGCAACAACGAGGAUGGGUUUGGCAGCCUUGGCGGUGACGGUGAUGGAAGUACAUCCUGCCUGUGCGGGCAGCCUGCUGUCACACGGACUGUGCAGAAGGAUGGGCCCAACAAAGGACGCCAGUUCCACACCUGCGCCAAGCCACGAGAGCAGCAGUGUGGCUUCUUUCAGUGGGUGGAUGAGAACAUGGCUCCAGGGAGUCUUGCAGCUCCACCAUGGCCCAGAGGCAGAGGAAAAGCCCAGAGACCAGAGGCUACAAGCAAAAGACUAAGAGCUGGUUCCUCAGAUGCAGGAUCUAUAGCCAAAAAGCCCAGGAAAUGUAGCCUUUGCCACCAGCCUGGACACACCCGCCCCUUUUGUCCUCAGAACCGAUGAGGGCAGGCAAAGUGGAAGAAGCUGCCUAGACCAGGAAAUGAGCUAACUGGGACCGGGUGACCACCACUGUCCUGAAAACAUGGAGAGGAACUGGGUUUUGGAGUUGGCCUUCCUUGUUGAGGGGGUACAAAGAUGGGGACCCCUGGAGAACUGUCUGCUGCCUCUGCUGAGUAUUGCUCCUGUGUCUGCUCAGGAGUGGCUUUAGCUACUGCACUUCUGAGAAGUGAGAAGAUGGUCAGUCCACGUGGAAGCACAAACUGACACCUUGGUGACCACCCAAGCCCUGACUGGCUGCUGGCUGCCAAGUGACAAGCGGGUAGUGUUUCCAGCCAGCACAGGCUCUGGGCAGCCCGGAUGGGACUCUCUGCACAACUGUUUGAGAAGUGGCUCUCCUGGUGUGUCUGCGGAUGCUUCCGUUCCUGCUCCUCUAGGACACCCAUAGUCCAUGUGCCUUAAUAAAAACUUACCCACUUUUUCUGGUGGUGUGCAGAGAGAGCCAGUAAGGCGAAGGGGCUUCUUCCUGGGACCUUCCCCACCGCAUCUCAGCUCCCUCUUGUCCCAGGUCUUCCCUGCUGUGGCUCCCCUUGAAGCUGCCCGAUUUGGAGCAUUGACCUUCUUCAUACUUUCCAGAGGAGGCCAUGUGCCUUUUCUUUUCUUUUUUGUCCCCCAUAAACUUCUAGAAGUGCCGUGCUAGCUUUGUCCUACAGUUGAAAAGUGAAAUGUGAAUUGCUCCUUGAGUUGCUAAUUUGUGAAGCAACAGGAGUUUUUUCAGGUCUGAACUAUAUAGCCUUUGCUUAGACCAGUAGCUCUCAGCCUGGCUGGCAGCCAGGCUUCACCAAUGAAUAUUCCUACCCUUGCUCAGUGGGGACACUUUGCAGCCACACUUAGGAUCCUUCUGUGCCUAGCUUCUUUCCCUUAGCACAAUGUUCACAGGAUUUGUUGAGAUUAUACUAUAAGUCAUUACUCCAUUUUUUUUAAGAUUUAUUUUUAUUAUGUGUGUUGGAAAUGUAUGCCACAUGUGUGCAGGUACCCACCAAGGCCAGAAGAGGGCAUCAGAUCCCUAGGGCUGGAGUUACAAGUAGUUGUAAGCCACCCCAUGUGGGUGCUUGAAUCAGACUCUAGUCCUUUAGGAUGAGAAGUGCUCCUACCUGCUUCUCCUCUCUCCAGCCCCCACACUCCAUCUUUAUGUCUGAAUAAGCUCCCAUUGGUAUGGUAAGUAGUCCUACUUACAUGUGGGGCCAUAUCCUCUCACAUCCCCGAGUUCACAGCAGCAUACAAUGAUAGCAUUUACAUCAGGCACAGUGAAGAUGAGAAAGCCCCCUCGCCCUCUCUCAGAGAUGUUUUGUGCCCACAGUAGACUCCAGGGCUCUGGAUCAAUUGAGAGGGACUGCUGUCACUUGUUUGUGAGUGGGGCUGCUGUGACAUUCAUUCACUGGUAUCUGGAUGCCAUCUCAGUGUUUUGGAUAUAUGUAUAGUAAUGAAAUGUUAAAACCUUAGCUAACUUUAAGCGUUUAUAGUGUCAGUAGCAUUUUAGUCUCGACAACAACAUGGGAAGUUACUGUUCUUCCACAGCCUCAGUUGUUCUUUUGUCCUUGUCUUACAGCUGUGCUAUGCUUGUGGAGUAAUAUGAUCUUGAACCCGCGCCUUCUGCCUCAGCCUCCCAGAGUUUCCGGCAUGCACCACUAUUCCUGCUCUGCUGGCCGUGGAGUCUGGGUGCUGUUAUAGUCACUUGAGGCAGAAAGGGAGGAGGAACUUCAGGCUUGUGUGUGGGCCCUGCUAAUGAAAUUGGAAUUUUUCAGACAGCAAUGAUAAAACCAAAAUUACCUGUGUUUUCCAAAGACAUUCAGGGCAGUAAGCAGGCUUGCCUUCGCUUAGGGUGCUGUAUCCCAUUGAGUUUCAAGCAGAGCCUAUUCCCUAACCCUCAACAGCACCCUCGUAAACCUCCCUUAAACUUCCAUUCUUUCCUUCUAUCACAGGUUAUAGACAUGAGUAUAAUACGAGACCAAAGAAAGAUAGGGAACACUGGGUGGAUUUGCAUGUCAUCCUUGUGCAGGGGCCAUGCUAAUAUUUGCUUAGUGUAUGUCUGCUAAGCUAUACUGAGCAAUACCAGAAUGGGGGAGGGAGGGACAUUUCUCAGCAGGGCUAGAGCUGUAACUUGAGAACCACCGUGACCAAUAGCUGUACACCCACACUCAUCUUGUCUCAUACACACUCAUAGGUCUCAGCCUCUUGCCUCUCUUCCUCCCGCUGUACCUUUCUGCUUUAAGUAAAUCCAACUUUAACUCA